CCGGAGUUGUGUUUAUGACAUUCUCGAAGAUCAACCACCCUUUAACAUCCCACCUUCAACCACUUCCUCACCUCACCGACUCACCUGGCACUCGCUCUUCGCGCGCCAUGGUGACGGGUGUCAAGAGUUUUCUUACUUUUCCUUGAUUGUUGGGCGCUUGUGGUGGGCGCGCAAACUUCUCGUUCACCUUGGCCUUACUUCAGUAACACCCCUUCGGUCAACGUUACUUCGCUUCCACCAUGGCGGCCGAGAUCGAUAUCCGAGCCGUUUCGGCCUUCUCUUCGCUUCCGGAAAGCACCAUCACCUCCCUACGCGAAAGUCCUUCGCCUGCUCAAAUCGACGAGUUUCUGCGCGCCCUUCUACCAAAGAUCAAAGAGUGCGAGCAGACCAGAUCAAAACAAGUCAGAACAGAGGUCGAAUUAGAGACUUUUGUGAGGACAAGCGAGUCAAAAGCAAAGGUUCUACAGAACUCGCGAGACAAGGCACUUGCGGAGUCAAGCAAGUUACGCGUUGAAUUGCAGACUACGGAAAAUGCGAAAUCGAGAUUGGAGACUGAAUUGGACCAGAUGCGGUCUGUUGCCGCAAAUGAGAACUCCGAAAUCAACACCCUCAAGUUGAGGAUCAAUUCUCUCGAAACUACCAACCGUGAUACUCUCGCCCUGCUUGAGUCCAAGACUACUGCCUACGAAAACCUGUCGCAAGAUCUUGCAGCCCAGCACCAGAAGGCAGCAGAACUCAGAAAGCAGAUUGCUAACCUUGAACAGUCGACUCAGUCGGCCAAUGCCUUGGUUGCGAGCGCCAAAUUCAAGGAGCAGAGUCUUUUGCAGGAGGUGGACUUGCUCAAGAAGAACAAUGAGUGGCUCGAGAAUGAGCGAAAGAUCAAGGCCGAUGAACACACCAAUUUCCGCAAAGAGAAAAACGCGCGGAUUUCAGAAUUGUCAAGAUCCAACGAGCAGUACAUCUCCGAGGCAGAGGCUCUGAGACGGUCAGAGACAGCCCUUAAACAUCGCUUGCAGGAGCAAGCUGCGAGAUUUGAAGAGACCCUCGAGGAGAUGCAAAAAUUGCGUGAGGACAAGAUCUCUGCGGACGAGUCACACCGAGUAGAACUCGAGAGCAUAACUCGACUUGCCGAACUGCAGGCUGCAUCUGCUGAAACGGCAAAACAGCGUGUUCAAGAGCUUUCGGCCGCCCUAGAGGAGGCUCGUGAAGAGGCUGCGGAAGAGAUUGGUACCAUUCGUGCCGAGAUUGAGACCGAGCACAAUGACCGCAUCGCUGCCGAAGAGCGGAUCGUCGAGCUGGAGAGAUCAUUGGAACAACUGUCCAAUGAACUUGAGCAAGCUCGAGCACGACCAAGCACUCCUCAACGUGGCAUGAACGGCUCAGGCAUCACAACACCCAUGCGGCCUGGGACUCCCAGCGUUGUCUUUUCACCGUCCUCUAUAUCGAGACCAAAGGCUCAGAUGACCGUGACCCAGCUAUACACCGAAUACAAGAAACUUGAAGGUGAUCUCGCCAGUGAGAGACGGGCUAAUGAGCAACUUCGCGAGAAUCUGGAUGCAAUGGUUGAAGAGCUCGAGAACAACAAGCCAGAAAUCGAGGAGCUGCGGAUGGACCAUGACCGAUUGCAAAGUGAAGUCGUGGAGAUGUCAAGCAUCGUAGACAAAGCUAAUGCUGGUCGAGACUCUGCCGUCAAAGAACUCAGACAAUGUCAAGGUCAGCUUGAAAGCAAGUCAAGAGAAGUUGAGGUCCUCACGCAGCAACUUCGCGAUACUGGCUCUCAGAUUCGCUUCCUUCUUAUCGAACAACAUGUUCGAGAGCAAGGUGGCGCCAUGACCCGGGACGACUUCGAUGAUCUCGAGAGACAAGCUAACGAAGCCAUGGCACAAGAUAUGGCCAACCUGUCUGAGACGCAGCAAUUAGUCAACCAACGUUUGAUUGUGUUCAAGAACGUCAGUGAACUUCAGCAUCAGAACGAAUCUCAGCUCAAGACAAUUCGCAACCUGGUCAGCGAACUCGAGAGCGCUGUGGCAAAGGAAAAGGAACAGCAAACCAUUGCUCUGAAGGAGGAGCUUGAGCAGGCUCGUGCUCAGAUCUCUUCGUACCAGGACGAGCUAAGAACCAUGGUGGCUCAAACCAAGAGCUUUGUCAAGGAGAGAGACAUGUUCCGGAAUAUGUUGACUCGACGUGGCCACUUGUCGAGUGGACAACUGCAACCUCAUGACUUUUCGAGAUCACUGCCCGUGCCCAGUGGUGAGUCGCCGGCUGGUUCUGUAGCUGGCGGCGAAUCUGACUACGCCAAACUCCUCAAGGAUCUUCAACGACAUUUCGACACAUACCGACAAGAGGCCGCGACUGAUCAUACUGCCUUGAAGAAUCAAGUGGACGACAUGAGCAGGAAGAACUCUCAAUUGCAAACCGAGAUCAGCCGGACAGUAGGACAAUUGACUGCUGCUAAUCAACGAUACGAGAUGUUGCAGGCCAAUUACAAUUCCCUCAAGACCGAAAAUAGUGAAAUCCAGAAGAGAUCUUCUGUUGCCAUGGAAAAUGCCAUGAAACAAGAGGUCAAGACACAGCAAGUGGCUGAGGAGCUUGUUGAAGCUCGAGGUCUUGUUGACAGUCUACAACGCGAUUCUGCAAAUCUCAAAGCCGAGAAAGAUUUGUGGAAGACUGUUGAGCGAAGAUUGAUUGAAGAUAACGAGUCCCUCCGAAGCGAACGAGGUCGACUAGAUCAACUCAACGCAAGCUUGCAGUCCAUGAUCAAUGAGCGUGAGCAGACAGAUGUGGAGAGCAGACGUCGCCUUCAAGCACAAACUGAAUCAUUAGAAGCGGAGCUUCAGUCCGUGAAGAGAAAACUCAACGACGAGAUCGAAGAGAGCAAGAAGGCUUCCUUGAGACGGGAAUACGAGCACGAGCAGAGCCAGAAGCGAAUUGACGAUCUCGUCACAAGUCUAGGCGCCACAAAGGAGGAAUUGGCAUCUGCUAAGACUGCUAGAGAUCAUCUCCAAGCUCGAGUGGAUGAACUCACGGUCGAGCUCCGCUCUGCAGAGGAACGCUUGGAAGUCCUGACCAGACCUUCGGAACCAAUAGCUCAAACAAAUGGCGCCGAGGAGAGCUCUCUGACCAAGGAGCAGGAGUUGUCCGUGGAAGUUUCCGAGCUUAAACGAGACCUGGAGCUCAAGGUUGCCGAGCUCGAAAGAGCAAAUGAGCAAGUUGAAGUCUACAAGAACAUCAGUCAAUCAAGCGAGGAACGUCUUCAAGAGCUUGGGGACACCAAUGAUCAAUAUCGCGAAGAGACGGAAGCUAUCAUUGCCGAAAAGGAUGCAAAGAUCAAGGACCUCGAACAGCGCAUUGAGGAUAUAUCUUCGGAGCUCAACACUACAAACUCCGAAUUGUCCAAGUUGCGUGACGAGCAAGCCGAGGCAGGUCGUAAGCUUGAUGACCAGAAAGCCAGCUUCGAAGCUGAAAUUGAGCGUCUUAAGGAGGAAGCUGAGAAGAGCGCCGAGCAAGCUCAAUUCAACCUGGAAGCUUCCAAGGUGCAAGCACAGAUCGCCACCGAAGCUCAACAGAACUAUGAGAAUGAGCUGGUCAGACAUGCUGAUGCCGCGAAGACCCUACAUACUGUUCGGGAAGAGACGAACAAGCUUAAGCUUGAAGUGGUUGAUCUACGAACCCAGUCGGAGACCAUGAAAGCAGACCUUGAACAAAAACAGAGUAGCUGGAAUGAGAUGAAAGACCGAUACGAGAGAGAGAUUUCCGAUCUCAAGAAGCGUCGGGAGGAAGUCAUGCAACAGAACAACCUUCUUCACAGCCAGCUUGAGAGUGUCACUCAGCAGAUCAGUACUAUCCAGCGUGACCGGGCUGCUUUGGCGGAAGGUGAAAACGCUGAAGCAUCAGGGCAGCCGUCUGCUGAACUGGACAAAUUGCAGGAGGUGAUCACAUACCUUCGACGUGAAAAGGACAUUGUCGACGUUCAGUACCAGCUAUCAGUUCAAGAGGCCAAGAGACUGCGGCAACAGCUGGAAAUGACUCAAUCCCAGCUUGACGAUACUCGGCUCAAGCUCGACCAGCAACGUCGCACCGAGGCCGACGCUGAGCGCAAUGCCAUCAACUACAACAAACUCAUGGAGACCUUAAAUGAAUUGAAUGUCUACCGAGAAAGCAGCGUCACCCUGCGAGCAGAGUCGAAACAAGCCACUCAAGCUUUAGCUGAGAAGUCCAAACGUGUGGAAGAGCUUGAGGGCGAGAUUCAGACGGUACACGCUCGUGUUGCAGAACUCGAAAACCUCCUUGAGCUGCGCGAAGGCGAACUGAAGCUGAGCCAGGAAGACCGUGAUCACUGGCAACAGCGUUGUCAAAAUAUUCUUUCCAAGUAUGAUCGAGUUGAUCCAGCCGAAAUGGAAGCACUCAAAGAAAAGAUCAGCACCCUCGAAGAAGAGCGAGACGAGGCUCGAGCUGAACUUCAAAACGCCAUUACCGAACGCGAUGAAGCACGAACCUCUCUCCAGGAGCAGAUCGAUGGACUGCCUACGGCUAUCAAGAAUGCUAAAACUGAACAGAAAACUGUCCUCGAGACUCAGUUCAAAGAAGUGAUGAGAAAGAGUCGGGCGGCCCUUAGUGAGAGGAAGGCUGAGCUUGAUACUGCACUUGCCGAGAAAGCUGCCUUGCAAGAGGAACUGGACUCUGUCAAGGAACAGCUAGCCGCCGUUCCAACUGAAGCUGCUUCUUCUCCAACUCAGGUGAACGGUGUCGCUGAAGCACCUACAGCCGGAAAUACAAACAACACCACCACUGAUAACGCCGAGGUAUCUGCACUAGAAGCCAAAGUCAAGGAGCUUGAAGCUGCUGUGGCCGCAAAAGAGCAAGAACUUGAAGAGCUCAAGUCAGCACAAGAUCAAAAGUACAAUGAGAGGGUGGGGGCUAUGGAGAAGAUUCUGAAUAAGAGAUUACAGGAAUUCAAGAAUGAAGCUCAGCAAGCCAAGGCUGCUGCGCUAGAAGAGUUGAGUCAGAAGCUCGAUGCUCAGCAUCAACAGGAACUCGAAGCUGUAAGAGCAAACUCUGUGCCAGUGGCUACUGAACUACAGAAGGCCGCCGAAGGUGUUGCAGAAGCCACUACGGAGACUACGUCGUCUGUCAGUGCUGGCGAAAUUCCUGACGAAGCUCUAUUAAAGCUGCCGGAGGAGAAGGUGAAGUUCCUGGUCAACAAUCAUGAAUCUCUCCGCAGAAUUGUCGCCAACAACGUUCGCAAGCGGCUCGAAAAAGAAAGAGAAGAGUUACGCGACACUCUCCGGAAGGAAAUGAUGCAGGAAUUGGGCGCUCAGGGUGGUGAGCCUUCUUCUCAAGACGUUCAAGAGCUGGAACGGAAACUGGAUGCCGAGAAGGAGUCCAUUAUCAAGCAAAAGGAGUCCGAGUUCAACGAAGAGAAGGAGGCACUCAUCAAGAGAUAUGAGGACAACAUUGCGCGAGAAAAACAAGCUUUGAUCAUCAAACAUCAAGAAGAGCUCAAUUCUCAGAAGCUUCAAUUCGACCAGGAAUCGGAGAGGAAGAUUCAAGAGCAGGUUAGGAACGCAGAGCAAAUGAUGGAAAAAAGAAGUGCCGUCAAGGUGAACAUGGCUACAAACAAAGCCGCUGCGGCGACAGCAAAGCUCGAUGUCGUCAAAAAGGCUGCUGAAGAGACUCCUGAGAAGCCAGUGGGAGAAGUUUGGGAGGUUGCUAAAGACACCAAGCCCCCUCCAGCCGCUCCCAAGCCGGCAGCGCCAGCAGCGCCAGCCACGCCUGUUGCACCUGUCGCGCCAGCCGCUCCCCCAGCGCAACCUCCGGCGACUCCAGAUAGCAAGCCCAACGGAGCGCCACCGACUGCGGCCACCAAGACCGAGCAUCCUGCCCCUACCCAAGCUGCCACUGAACCGCCAACUCAGAAGCCUGCCACGCAGUCAGCACCUGUCGAACCGGGCAGACAACCGCAAGGGGGCGGUGUUGCAUUGAUGCAACAAUUGCAGUCCGGUAUCCCAAGAGGAGGCUCUGUGCGUGGUGGUAGGGGUAGUGGCAUUCCUCGUGGACGAGGUGCUCAAAGAGGUCGGGGAGGCGCCCAUGUCCAAACAGGUAUACCACAGCAGGCCAGAGGUGGCGGUAAUGCUGGCAGCCCGGGGCGAAAUUUGAAUCCUCAAGCAGCACAAUUUACUCCUGGCAGCGGGAACAAGCGAGCCCGUGAGGAUGCAGGAGCGGCAGAUGAUGGCGGACAGGGAAAGCGGAUUCGCGGUGAAGGAGCGUCUUAGGCUCUUCGUGUCAUUUUCUUUUGUGUAAUGGCGGGAUCGUAUUCGGAAGGGGUAUUUGCAUGGCGACGGCGAAAGGGAGGCUGGUUGACGUGUUUGCAACAUUUGAUGCAUGAGGGAAUGCCGGGCUCGAGCUGAAGACUCAGAAAAGCGACACCAAGAUCUCGAGAUACGGGAUGGGAAGUCGAGAAUUAGUGUAUGAUGUACAAAAAAUUCCUCGCUGGAGGCAAGGGCUAGCAUUCUCCGGCAUUCUACGUGCUACGCUCUUUCAACUAGCGAUCUUCUCCUCCAA